UCAAAGUAAACAUAACCCUACAUAACCUAUAAAUAUUGUUUUCUUUUUUAAAUCUUUUGUAAUGGGGCCUAAAAUAUUAGAUUUCAAACCAAACAGGCAGUUUAUAAAUCCAGAAUUUGAUGGUUAUAAAUUAUCCCUCCAAGAAAUAAUUACAUCUAAGCAUGAAUUGGAAGCAAAAGUUCAUAGAGCAAUCCCAAAUUCGUUACAAUAUGGGUAUCUUCACGCAAAACUCUUUAGUACACACAACCAUUUGAUAGGACGUACGAUAAAUGAUUAUGAUUUCGUAUAUUUUGUGAACAAUGAUUUUAAAAUUCAGAAAGUGGUUUAUGAUCCUUCUGCAAGUAAUGAAAUCGAGUUAAUCAAUGUGUUUCAAAUCCCAAAAGAAAGACCAUCAGAAAAUGGAGACUACAAUGUUAGCUUUAAAUUUGUUAAUGACAAAUUUGCGGUUGUUUCUGAUGGAAUGGGAUUGAUUUACAUUGUUGAAAUAAAUGGGGAUAUUGAAAAAUGGGAUGUUGUUUUUUCUGAGGAAGUUUUAAUUGGGGAUAAAAAGUUCAUUGUACAAGAUGUAAAAAUGAAUGAGAAUAAAUUAUAUUGUUUGCUGUACAGCAUAAGUACUGGUGAUAAUAAAGAUCGAUUUUUGAAUGUUUUAAAUUUGAUUACUCUAUCUAAAGAUGGGGAUGUUUGGGGACAAACUGGUAUUAAGGAAUUACGAGGUGGUGGUAGUCUUCAUUAUGCUGAAAUUGAUUCAUUAUGUAAAGGGAUUUACAUUGCUGGUGAAAAAAGUUUUAAAUUUACGUUGGAUUCUGAUAAUCCAAUAAAAAUUGAUUCAAAAGAUUCAAAUAAAAAAUCAUAUUUAUGGUUACAAACGACGGAAAAUAUAAAAAUUCAAUUUAAAACUUUUGGUACAUUUGAAUCAUCUGACGUUGUCAUUAACUCAACAACAAACACAAUCGAUUGCAGUUUUAAAGGAAACACAUUUUUACAAGGAACAUUAUUUGAUAACAUAAAUCCAAGUUCAACAAAUUGGGUGCUUUCAGGUGAUUUAAUAGAAAUAACCCUAGUAAAAGCAAUUAAUAACCAGGUAUGGCAAGAAUUAAUUCCUGGUGAUGAAAGUGGUGAAUAUCUCACAGAUCCAGCUUUAGCAGCAGAAAUUCAUGAAAAACUUUCACAUUUAUGUAGUGAUAAAGAAGAAAAUGUGCCUGUUGGAAAUACAUUUAGCAGUGAACAUGUUGAAGAAUGCGAUUUUGAAGGAGAUACUUAUUGCGUUUUUGAAAGAUUAUGUUUUACUUCACAUUUAGUAACACAUCGUUACAAUAUGGAUAGUCAUAAAAUGGUGCUUGUCGUAAAAGGAAAUGAUGUAAAUGGAAUUGGACUAAGACAUGAUGUUGACACUUAUUUGUGGCAACCAAUUUUAGAAAAUGAUGAAUUUUCCUUAAAACAUUUUGGAACGUUAAAUGCGUUUGGCUAUGUUGAAGCAUCAAAACAGCAAAAGAAAUUUACAGCGUGCGCCCCUGAUUUAAGUUAUUCUGUUAUUUGCGAAUCAAAUAGACAUGUUUUUAUUUACAGGCAGAAAAAAAGCGUUGAAAGUGGUAGCUUAAGAAAUAGAAUGACAGGAAGGCAAGUUGGGUUUAUUGCUCAACAGCAAGUUAUUAACAUUUUUGAUGAAAUAAUUGGUGUUUUUGCUUCAAAUUGUAAUCUUUUUUUGUUAACAUACAAAAAAAGAGCUGAUGUAGAUUAG